GUUGCGAUGUGGGAAUAUAUCAUAUAGUUCAUUGUAAAAGAAAAGCUCUUUGUAAUGGGGAGUCGACCUCAUCUCCUGCUUAUUCCAUAUCCAGCACAAGGCCAUGUUGCACCUCUUUUAAAAUUGGCAGCGCAGAUUUCUGAACAUGGAAUCAAAAUCACGUUUGUUAACACGGAAUUAAUCGAAGCCAAAAUCUUGGCUUCAGGGCGGGAGAAAGCUGAUGAGGGGAGCCUGAUAAGGUUUGUUUCGGUUCCGGAUGGACUUGAAGGCGAUGAUCGAAACAAUCCAAUUGAGAUGAAUGAGAGCGUGUUCAGAGUUAUGCCAGGUCAUUUGAAGGAGUUGAUUGAGAAGAGGAACCAAUCUGAUGACUGUGAGCCGAUCACUUGUGUUGUUGCUGAUAUUUGUCUCGGAUGGGCUCUUGAAAUUGCCCACCAGAUGGGAAUUCCAGGAGCUGCUUUUGUUCCUUUUGGUCCACCCUCCUUGGCUAUCUCAUUUCAAGUUAAAAAGCUUAUUGAUUCUGGAAUUAUUGAUGCUAAUGGAAAUUCAAUGAAUGAUAAGUUGAUCAUUCUAUCAGAGGAAACACUUCCUUGGAAAAAUAACGAAUAUCCCUGGAGUUGUUCUGCUAAACCAGAGAUACAAAAGAUGCUAUUAGAACUUUCGACUGUUGUUGCCCAAGCUGUCAGAAUUCCCAACUGGGUUCUUUCCAACUCCAUUUAUGAACUUGACUUGUCGAACUGUGAUUUCGUUCCGAAAAUCUUAACCAUUGGCCCAUUACUUGCAAGUAAUCAUUCAGGAAAUUCAGCUGGAAGUUUAAUCCUUGAGGACUCAUCUUGCUUAAAUUGGCUAGACGAACAAACAACAGGUUCGGUCAUAUAUGUUGCCUUGGGCAGCACAACCACCUUAAAUCAGCAACAAUUUGAUGAAUUGGCGCUCGGUCUUGAAUCCUCAGGCCUGCCGUUUUUGUGGGUUGUUCGAUGGAACCUAGUGGAUGAAUCAUUCACCGGAUUUCCAGAUGGUUUUAAAGAGAGAAUAGCCGGUCGCGGAAAGAUUGUAGAAUGGGCAGCUCAAGAGAAGGUGUUGGCUCAUUCUUCUGUUGCUUGUUUCUUAAGUCAUUGCGGAUGGAAUUCAACAAUGGAAGGCAUAGGCAUGGGAGUACCAUUUCUAUGUUGGCCUUUCUUUGCAGAUCAAUAUCAAAAUAGAAAUUAUAUUUGUCAAGCUUGGAAGAUUGGCUUAGAUUUAACCCUGGAUGAAAAUAAAAUUGUUACAAGGCAUGAAAUACAAAGAAAGGUGGAAAAACUGCUCAGCGAUGAAGCUAUCAAAGCAAAUGCACUGAAGCUGAAGGAGAUAGCUGGAAGGAGUCUAGCUGAAGGUGGAUCUUCAUGUAAAAAUUUUAGAAGAUUUGUGGAUGCAAUUAAGUACGGUAAAUCUUGAUAAAUCAUAUGUAAUUGUGCGAGUAUUUUCCAUAACUAUAUCACAUAUAUAUUUUUUAUAUCGAAUCAAUCAUUUUUGAUUAGAUGUAUUUGUGAUUCUUGAAUUGCUACUAUUAACUUAGCACUAUGAGUACUAUCAAGUUCGACCUAAACCUAAGACCAUAUGAAAUUAUGUUCUUGAUUUAAAGGAUUGAGUAAACUUGACCUAGAGGCAUCAAA